GUAAGCCCCGGAAGUACUUUUGGUUGAUUACAAAAUGUCAGAGGUCGCAGGGCAGAAGGCGUUCCUGCCGCCGGCCAAGUCGCUAUGUAGUGGAGUGGCUGGCGCUGUCCUGCAAGUUCUGGAAGAUUCUUGGACUUGACUAGGGCAGUAGACCCAGAAUUUCUAGUUGCUGGCUUCGGGUACCUGCCCGCUCAGCGGAGCUGCCGUCGCCAUGUUUGGCUGCUUGGUGGCGGGGAGGCUGGUGCAAACAGCUGCACAGCAAGUGGCAGAGGAUAAAUUUGUUUUUGACUUGCCUGAUUAUGAAAAUAUCAACCAUGUUGUGGUUUUUAUGCUGGGAACAAUCCCAUUUCCUGAGGGAAUGGGAGGAUCUGUCUACUUUUCGUAUCCUGAUUCAAGUGGAAUGCCAGUAUGGCAACUCCUGGGAUUUGUCACAAAUGGGAAACCAAGUGCCAUCUUCAAAAUUUCAGGUCUUAAAUCUGGUGAAGGAAGUCAGCACCCUUUUGGAGCCAUGAAUAUUGUCCGGACUCCAUCUGUCGCUCAGAUUGGAAUUUCAGUGGAAUUACUGGACAGUCUAGCUCAGCAGACUCCUGUAGGAAAUGCUGCUGUAUCCUCAGUUGAUUCAUUCACUCAGUUCACACAAAAGAUGUUGGACAACUUCUACAAUUUUGCUUCAUCAUUUGCUGUCUCUCAGGCCCAGAUGACACCUAGUCCAUCUGAAAUGUUCAUUCCGGCAAAUGUGGUUCUGAAAUGGUAUGAAAACUUUCAAAGACGACUAACACAGAACCCUCUUUUUUGGAAAACAUAAUUUGAAUAAAAUAAUUUUUAAUGGUUUCGGAAAUUUGUCAUGUUUUGAAGAUAAAUGACCCCAUUUAAAAGCAUGAAGUCGAAAGAAUCAUGAAGCCUAAUUUAAAAACUACUCAGUGACUAUGAAGCUUAAUUAAAAUCUUUAUAAAACUGAAAAAUGAAAAUAUGUUUAUCAUAAAUGACUCUCCCGCUUAAAAUACUAUUGAGAAACAAAAUGUUUUGGCUGUGAUUCAUUUUUUACUUAAAAAUAAAACAUACAAUAAUGU